CUGACACUUCAGUAGUCGUCUGUAUUGAAUUGUAAAAUGUUACCGAGUUCUUUGGAGUUGGUUUUAGUUGUAUUUAUAUUAAUAUUGCCUUUCCUGUAUGAAACCAGUAGAGCUUUCAGAUACUAUAUCAAGUUUUUCUUAUAUUAUGGGAUUGUAAUGACGACGGCUGUAGUGGUAAUUCCGAUUAUGAUGUUCCGGCCAAAGGAUGUUAAGAAUCUACUUUUGGCCUCAGCACUCUGCCGCCACAUUUCAGGUCUUCUUGGAUUAAAGUGGGAACUUCGAGGACAAGAACACCUGGAGAAGGAGCAAGCAUGUAUUAUUGUGGCCAAUCAUCAAAGUUCACUGGACAUUUUGGGAAUGUUUGAUAUUUGGCCAGUGAUGGAUAAAUGUACAGUGGUUGCCAAAAAGGAGUUAUUUUAUGCAUGGCCUUUCGGUUUAGCCGCUUGGUUGUGUGGACUUAUAUUUAUUGAUCGGCUUAAUUCUGAUAAAGCUCGUGCUACAAUUAACAGGGCAACAACACUCAUUAAGGAAAAAAAGAUGAAGAUGUGGGUUUUCCCAGAAGGUACAAGAAACAAUACUGGAAAUAUUCUACCUUUCAAGAAAGGGGCUUUCCAUGUUGCUAUUGCAGCUCAGGUCCCAGUCCUGCCAGUUAUAUUUUCAUCAUAUUACUUCCUGGAUAAUAACAACAAGCAGUUUGAUUCAGGUCAAACAUCAACACCGCCAAAGCCUGCCACAGGACACGAUUCUGAGUAUCCUUCUCUCAGCAUAAUGACAUGCAGCUGUUGUAAAAACUUCAUUUCUGUGUCUUAUGAUUUGUAUUCUGUGGUACUGAAAAUAUGAAUUACAUGUAUGUGGCAGCUAGGUUUAACAACCUGGUAUACUUAAUGAUAGUCAUAACUAUCAGAAGUAGUUUUUUAACAACCAACUUUAUAUACUUCACAGCACAGUCUACUAAAUAUCAUUCCCAUCAAUAGACAAUGUUUCAGUUUCUUCUUUCAUCCCACAGUCCCUCCUUUUUAUUUCUUACAGUCCUUUACCAGUCAUCUUUCUCACCCUGAUGUCUUCUGGUACCUGGUUAAACAGUCUUGUUCUCUAUCAUCCCAUAGGCCUCUUUCUUUUACAUUUUAAUUCUAAUGCUCCUUUUGGUGUCUUGUUCUAUUUAAUUUCUCUUUGCAUGGUUGAACCACUAGUUGAUUCUAUUGUAAUUUUGUUAGCAAAUUUUUGAUUUCAGCUUAUCCUGAAAUAAUUUAUUUUGUAAUUGCAUCCCUCCUUGUUUUCCUCCCCAAUUCUAAAACAUUUCAUGUACGUUUCUUGGAUUAUACUAUUGUUUGUCUUUGUAAGAUUCCAUGUUAUUACUGUUAUAAUUUGAUAUAAUUUAGACCUAUUUUCUAUUUUUAUAUUUAUCUGUUAGCUUUCCCUUCUAGAUUUAUUUCACUUAAGUGGGUUGCAGUACUUUACAUUUUUCACAGUUCAAACAUUUUUUGAAUUAAUAUUAUUUUUAAAUACAAGAAUACUUAGGGAAAGGAUUAGUGAAUGGCGUGGAAUUUUUUAAAAACUGUGCAACUAUUAACUUCUUAUGAAUUCUGCUCCAUGGAGUUUGAAUAUUAAUUUCUUGAUAGAGUCUGAAUGGUUAUUUGUUAAUGUCUUGUAUGACUUGUCAUUAAAUAUUUAAAUAUCAUAGCCCUGUUAUUCAAAAUUUAAUUUAAUAUUGAUUUCCCCAUCUACUUACAUUAAGAAUAUACUUAUAUGGAAGAAAACACAUUUCAUUGAUGAAUAAGAAAGAUUUAAAAUGAGCUGAAGUUUUAAUUUGCAUAGCUGUACUGAUCCUUAAUAAAGUGCCAUACUGAACAUUAAGGGUUUGGAUUUAAUUCCUUUUAUUUAAUUGCAUUUAUCAACAGUAUCAUUCAGGGUAAUUUGGGAUUAUUCUGAUAUGUGUUAUUGACUUCUAAAUGCUUUAAUGUAACUUUAACCUGGAACUCUUAACACUGUAUUCUUAAGAGUAUCUGUUUGAUAAGUGAAUUCAUGUGACUGUUACAAUUUAUUUUGUAUGUUAUAGCACACAGUUCUAUAGAAAUAUAAAAUAUUUUAUGUGAA